CGCUCGUCCUCCGCUGCCUGCUCGCCGAGGUGCAGCCCCGCCGCCCAGCCAUGUCGUCCUGCAACCGCGUGGCCCUGGUGACCGGGGCCAACAAGGGCAUCGGGUUCGCCAUCACGCGUGAGCUGUGCCGGAAGUUCUCCGGGGACGUGGUGCUCACGGCGCGGGACGAGGCUCGGGGCCGGGCCGCGGUGCAGCAGCUGCAGGCCGAGGGCCUGAGCCCGCGCUUCCACCCGCUGGACAUCGACGACCUGCGGAGCAUCCGCGCGCUGCGAGACUUCCUGCGCACGGAGUACGGGGGACUCGACGUGCUGGUCAACAACGCGGGCAUCGCCUUCAAGAUGAAUGAUCCCACACCCUUUCCUGUCCAAGCAGAAGUGACAAUGAAAACUAACUUUUUUGGUACCCGAGAUAUCUGCACAGAGCUACUGCCUCUAAUAAAACCCCAAGGCAGAGUGGUGAAUGUCUCCAGCAUGGUGAGUCUUUCAGCCCUUAAAAGAUGCAGCUCGGAGCUGCAGGAGAAGUUUCGAAGUGAGACCAUCACAGAGGACGAGCUGGUGGGGCUCAUGAACAAGUUUGUGGAGGAUACAAAGAAAGGAGUGCAUGAUAAAGAAGGUUGGCCCAAUACUGCAUAUGGAGUGACCAAGAUCGGGGUGACCGUCCUAUCUAGAAUUCAUGCCAGGAAACUCAACGAGCAGAGGAGAGGAGACAAGAUCCUCCUGAACGCCUGUUGCCCAGGGUGGGUGAGAACCGACAUGGCAGGACCAAGAGCCUCCAAAAGCCCAGAGGAAGGAGCCGAGACCCCCGUGUACUUGGCCCUCCUGCCGCCAGAUGCAGAGGGGCCUCACGGGCAGUUCGUGAUGGAGAAGAAAGUUGAGCAAUGGUGAGCAGUCAGCGCACACCUCCUCCCAAGGUCCUCCUCUUGUGACCUUUCCUAAUGUGACCCAGAGAACAUCAACACUGUCCAAAUGUUAAAUCUAAACAAGCUAUACUAACUUACAACCAGUUAACUAGUCUGUUCACUGAGUGGCCUUGUAAUUCUUCUAUGUGUGAUUCCCUCUGUGAUACAGGGAGAAAAAAUAAUACGUGCAAAUAAAUGAAAAUGAAAGAGACUAAA